GAUGGCCUCCUAUCAUUUUCCUGUGAAAAGUGAAAACAGCCCAGAGGCAAUACUAGAUAGAAGAUUGUGUGUGUCAUGUUUUUAUCCUGAAUCCGUAAUCCCAAUCCCAUGGCAUCAUAAAAUAAGCUUUUGCAGAAAUACAGAGAUAAUAGUGGGGUAAAAAGCAGAAAACACAAGUUCUAGCGGGAAAUUACGCGGUGGCUUCGUCUACGGAUGUACCGACCGAAGUGUAUCAGACCAUGCCGUCCCAAGAGUUGAGGACAAAUACAGUCUUUUUUUUAUGCCUUAAAAGGUGUGCCAACUUCUCUCGGCCCAACUUAUUAUUAGUUUCUUCCCUCUUCUCGUUGCUUUGGUGUUUAUGCAGCAGGGUAGUGUUGCUCCUGGGAGCAUGGGGUUCAGAUUUCUUCUAGUUGCAAUCUGCUUAGGGUCUUGGCUGGGUGCUUCCUUGGCUUUUACGGUUUCCUCUAAAGGACUAGUCAAAAUUGGUCUAAAGAAGCGGCAUUUAGACCUCUACAGCGUUCAGGCUGCAAAGAUCACUAGAGCUGAUACUCCAUAUGAUAGAGGUAGUGGAGAUUCUGAUGCUACAUUGGCAAGGCCAAAAGCAGAUUUAGUAUACCUAAAGAAUUACCUUGACACCCAAUAUUAUGGAGAGAUUGGCAUUGGAACACCACCACAAAGUUUCGCCGUCGUCUUUGAUACUGGCAGUUCCAAUCUUUGGAUCCCAUCUUCUAAAUGUGUUUUUUCUAUUGCUUGCUAUUUCCAUUCCAAAUUCAGGGCAAGGAUGUCUCGAAGUUAUACCAAGAUUGGAAUACCUUGCAAAAUUCACUAUGGUUCUGGAUCCAUAUCUGGCUUCUUCAGCCAGGACUAUGUGAAACUUGGUGAUGAUACCAUUAUUGAUCAGGAUUUUGUUGAGGUUACAAAGGAAGGAUUUUUAGCCUUCUUAGGUACGCAGUUUGAUGGUAUACUUGGUCUUGGGUUUCAGGAUAUUGCUGUUGGUCAAGCUACGCCAUUGUGGUAUAACAUGUUACAUCAGGGUCAUGUCAGCCAGAAAAUUUUUUCCAUUUGGCUAAGUCGCGAUCCAACAGCGGGAUUGGGUGGUGAGAUUGUCUUUGGAGGUAUCGAUUGGAGGCACUUCAGGGGUGAGCAUACAUAUGUCCCUGUUACUGAACAGGGUUACUGGCAGAUUGUGGUGGGAGAUGUGUUUGUCGCAGGCAAUUCAACAGGAUUGUGUGAACAUGGUUGUGCUGCCAUUGUGGACUCGGGGACUUCUUUUAUUGCUGGUCCAACUAGUAUUGUAACUCAAAUCAACCAUGCUAUUGGGGCACAAGGAAUUGUAAGCUUGGAGUGUAAAAGCGUUGUCUUCAACCAUGGAAAUUCAAUAUGGGAAACAUUAAUAUCGGGGUUACGACCAGAAAUCAUAUGUGUUGAUAUUGGACUGUGUGUGUAUAAUAAUCGUUCUAGGACUAUUAUUGAAACUCCGGUGGAUGAUGAAGUUGGCGAGAAUGCGCUAUGUACUUUUUGUGAGAUGGUCGUUUUCUGGAUUCAAGUACAACUCAAACAACAGAAAGCAAAAGAAAAAAUAUUCAAAUAUGUGGACGAGUUGUGCGAGAGGCUUCCAGAUCCAAUGGGAAAAUCCUUCAUCGACUGCAAUGACAUCACAAGCAUGCCAUAUGUUGCCUUCACCAUUGCAAAUAAAUCUUUUCCUCUGUCUCCGGAGCAGUAUGUUGUUAGAGUUGAAGAGAAGUAUGGCACAAUCUGCCUGAGCGGGUUUACUGCUUUGGAUGUGCCUUCCCCACAAGGUCCACUUUGGAUUCUUGGAGAUGUCUUCUUGGGAGCAUAUCAUACUGUUUUUGACUUUGGUAAUCUACGGAUAGGCUUUGCCAAAUCUGCCUAAUGAAUCUGAUCAAGUAUUGAAAGCUGGCUAUGCAGCAGUGGUGUAGUCUAUUUUUCUCUUGUAUAUAAUCAUAAAUAGGUCGUAAUGUAAUGUAAUCGAAUAUAUUUUUUAGUGUAAUUUUGCACUAAUAAUAGCAAUGGCGGUUUAGUACA